AGACGGGUCGUUGGAGGAUAUGUAGCACAGCUGUGGCUGUUCCAGCUGUUUCUGAGGCCUCCAUCUGCUCGCCGCCGCUGCUAGGAGGAAGUGUUGGAGCAUGAGUGGAAGUCGAUCCCCUCCUGAGGGCCGCCGGACCCCCUCUGAGGCCUCGAACCACUGCCACCGUUACAGGAAGCGUAUGCAGAGCUCAGACCCUCAGCCGGCUCCUGAGAGAGCGUUGGACCGCUACAAGUGGACCACAUCUGCCUGCCUGGCACCGAGACCGGCAAAGAUGGCCGCCCACGAGGGUGAACGCUGCUACAGAGGGGCCGGUCACCUGCGGCAGCUCAGCCUCCCGAGGUUCAGCCCGGCCCCAGAUUCCCCAGGCCAUGAGGAACAGUCCAGAACAAGGUCUCUGAGCAGGGUGUUCCCCUACUUCAGGUCAAUGUCUGAGCCCAGUACAGGAGGCGACCCCGGGAGGAGGCCUUCGUCUGUCAGCAGCUUCAUCACGGCGGUCUCCAGGAGGAUCAGCAGAGUCCUCAGAGACGAGACGGAGACUGGAGCGGGAGAAUCCGAUGUCAAAGGUCCUCCGGCUCAUCGGUUCUCCUGCGGUCAGAGUCCGUACACCGACAGUGGAGCCUGGGAGAGGAAGUUCUGCAUCCUGACUGACAGCCAGCUGAUCCUGCUCAACAAGGAUGAAGAGGCGGUGGGCGAUGCUCAGGAAAGUCCUACAGACUCGUCCAAGGCUCGGAGUCUCCGCAGGACGGUCAGCGUCCCCUCAGAGGGACAGUUCCCAGACUUCCCAGCAGAGGGCGCCACCAUGCUAGCAGAAGUUUCUUCGGAGCGGUCUCCGAGGAGGAGGAGUAUCUCUGGUCUGGGGAGUUCAGAGAAGACCGUCACUGUGGACAAUCCCAACUCGUCUCCUUUUAAAGUGCCGGGGUUUUUCAGUAAACGACUCAAAGGCUCCAUCAAAAGGACCAAGAGUCAGACCAAACUGGACAGAAACACCAGCUUCAGACUGCCGUCGCUGCGACCUGCUGACGCUGACCGAUCUCGCGGGCUCCCCAAACUGAAGGAGUCGACCUCACAUGAGUCUUUGCUGAGCCCGGGCAGUGCGGUGGAAGCUCUGGACUUGAGCAUGGAGGAGGACGUGUUUAUCAAACCUCUGCACAGCAGCAUCCUGGGACAGGAGUUCUGCUUCGAGGUAACGUAUUCAGGCGGCAGCAAAUGCUUCAGCUGCACGUCAGCCUCAGAGAGAGACAAGUGGAUGGAGAAUCUGAGGAGGACCAUUCAGCCCAACAAGGACAACUGUCGGCGGGCAGAGAACCUGCUUCGCCUGUGGAUCAUCGAGGCCAAAGAUCUUCCACCCAAGAAGAAAUAUUUCUGCGAGCUGUGUUUGGACGACGUCCUGUACGCCCGGACCACCAGCAAGACUCGCCACGACAGCCUGUUCUGGGGCGAGUACUUCGAUUUCUCGAGCCUGCCCGCCACUCACAGCGUCACCGUGCACAUCUACCGUGACGUGGACAAGAAGAAGAAGAAGGACAAGAACAACUACGUGGGUCUGGUCAACAUCCCUGUGUCGGGCAUAACGGGCCGGCAGUUUGUGGAGAAGUGGUACACGGUUAGCACGCCGACCACCAGCAAGGCCAAAGGAGGCGGACCGUCCAUCCGCAUCAAGUCCCGCUACCAGACCAUCUCCAUCCUGCCCAUGGAGCAGUACAAGGAGUUCGCCGAGUUCGUCACCAACAAUUACACCAUGCUGUGCUCGGUGUUAGAGCCCGUCAUCAGCGUUAAGAACAAGGAGGAGAUGGCGUGUGCGCUCGUCCACAUCCUGCAGAGCACCGGAAGGGCAAAGGACUUCCUCACAGACCUGGUGAUGUCUGAAGUGGACCGCUGUGCCGACCACGAUGUCCUGAUCUUCAGGGAGAACACACUGGCCACCAAAGCCAUCGAGGAAUAUCUGAAGCUGGUGGGACAGAAAUAUCUGCACGACGCGCUCGGUGAGUUCAUCAAAGCUCUGUACGAGUCGGACGAGAACUGUGAGGUGGAUCCGAGCCGCUGCUCAGGCAGCGAUCUGGCCGAACAUCAGAGUAACCUGAAGAUGUGCUGUGAACUCGCCUUUUGCAAGAUCAUCAACUCCUACUGCGUCUUUCCUCGUGAGUUGAAGGAAGUGUUUGCGUCGUGGAAGCAGCAGUGCACCGCCCGCGGCCACACUCAGGACAUCAGCAAGCGUCUGAUCAGCGCCUCGCUCUUCCUACGUUUCCUCUGCCCCGCCAUCAUGUCGCCGUCCCUCUUCAGCCUCAUGCAGGAGUAUCCCGACGACCGCACGUCCAGGACUCUCACGCUCAUCGCCAAAGUCAUCCAGAACCUCGCCAACUUCACAAAGUUUGGGAACAAAGAGGAGUACAUGGCCUUUAUGAACGACUUCCUGGAACACGAGUGGGCGGGGAUGAUGCGUUUCCUGGCGGAGAUCUCAAACCCGGAGACGCUGUCCAACACGCCGGGCUUCGAGGGUUACAUCGACCUCGGCCGUGAGCUGUCGGUGCUGCACGCUCUGCUGUGGGAGGUUGUGUCACAGCUUGAUAAGGGUGAAAAUUCCUUCCUGCAGGCCACCGUAGCCAAGCUGGGCCCACUGCCGAGGAUUCUGGGAGACAUCUCUCGCUGCCUGGCGGCGCCCACGCCGGUCCAGCAGCAGCUGCGACGUUUCCAGGAGCACAACUCAGCACACAACAUCAGUGGCAGCCUAUCGUCAGGGUUACAGCGGAUCUUUGAGGACCCCGCCGACAGCCACAGCGACGCCCGCAGCCUGCAGUCUCCAGAGCUGAUGGAGGGUUAUGUCCGGGGUCAGCGCCCCCUGCUGGCCCAGCAGCAUCCCUCCACCCACACCAGCUUCUCAGACCACGAGGAGCGGGACGGCCUGCUGCCGAACGGACGCAGCAUCUCUCUGGUGGACCUGCAGGACGCCCAGAGUCUGCACGGGACCCCGGGACCGCCGCCACAUCACGAGGCCCCACCCCGCCUCAGCAGAGUAGGCUCUCAGGCCUCCAUAGGACAAGUCCCGCCUCCCCCGCUCAGCUACCCCCACUCCAACCCUCUCACGCCCCAGCCGGCGCCACACCCGGCCAAAGCCCUGCCCAGAGACUCUCAGCCACAGAGCGCGCCGCAGGUGAGGCGGCCGCUGCACCCGUCUCUGAGCCAGCAGCGCAGCCUGCAGCCGCUGUCCUUCCAGAACCCCGUCUACCACCUAAGUAACCCCGCCCACAGCCUGUCCACGCGCUCCGCCCACUCACUGCGGCACGACUCCAGCUCGGAGAACCUGAGCACCGAGAGCUCGCACAACAGCCACAGCAACUCAGAUGACUUCGGCAGCCAGGUGGGCGUCGCCGCCCGCGUGGCGUCCAACAGCAGCCUGGACGAGCUGGGCAGUAGGAGGAGCACGCAGAGUGAGGAGUGCUCCACGCCACGCCGACAUGCGCCGCUAGAACUCCCCCCGGGCGCCGCCACUGCCGUUGCCAUCCCCCGACAGAGCACGACGGCGGGCACUGCCCAUAUCGUCAAGGUGGAGCAGCAGAGCAGGGGAGGGGGCGGAGCCAGGACGCCACGAUCCAUUCCUCACAGCUCAUCGCUACGUAGCAGCAGCAGCGCCAACACUGAGCCCACGCCUACCGCUGCUCACGGCAACCGCCAACAGACCCCCACGGAGAAUGUGGCCCCGCCCACAAGGAGCGCCUCCAAGCAGCCACAGCAGGUGGCGUCUCCGGUGGAGGCGGUGGCGGUGGCAAUGUCCCCGGUGGAGAGGACGGCGGCCUGGGUGCUCAACAACGGCCAGUACGAGGAGCAGGAGGAGGAGGGAGCAGAGAGGAGAGGAGAGGAGGGCAGGAACACGGAGAAGUACGAGCUGGAGAUCUCCCGUCUGAAGGAGCGUCUGCGGGUGUCGGGCCGCCGUCUGGAGGAGUAUGAGCGGCGUCUGCUGACUCAGGAGCAGCAGAUGCAGAAGCUCCUGCAGGAGUACAAGAGCCGCCUGGAGGACAGCGAGGAGCGUCUGAGGAGGCAGCAGGAGGAGAAGGACAGCCAGAUGAAGAGCAUCAUCUGCAGGCUGAUGGCGGUGGAGGAGGAGCUGAAGAGAGACCACGCCGAGAUGCAGGCGGUGAUCGAAGCCAAACAGAAGAUCAUUGACGCUCAGGUCAGUAACGGAUGUGAAAUAAACCAAUCAGGAGAAGCGGAUCUGCUCCCUGGACGCGGCGAACUCUCGGCUGAUGUCGGCGCUGGCGCAGGUGAAGGAGCGCUACAGCGCGCCAAACCUCCGCAACGGGCUGUCACCCACCAACCCCACCAAACUGUCCAUCACUGAGAACGGAGAGUUCAAGAACAGCAGCUGCUGAUUGGCCGGGAGGACGCUGGAGGCGUGGCUUCAGCUCUCUGAGACUGGAGAGUGAAUUGAAUGGGUGUGAAUUUAAAGAGUCUAUAAAUAGAAAUGUAAAUAGUGAAGGAGUGAGAGAGAGAGUGCAGCGUCACUGAAGCACAGAGGAGGAAACAACCAAAAACUAAAAAGGCACUCGACUUUUCUAACAGACUUUUUUAACGUUUUUAUUUGAAUCUAACUUUUUUCUCUCAUCAAGGCUCAAUGUGGCUUUUAUUUGAUUUUAUUUCAGUGAUUUUUUUAUUUUAUUUACCUGCCCAGCUGUGUUUUUGGGGUUUUAAUUUAUUUCUCCAUCACGUCUGUCGCCCCCUCGUUGCUGAUCUACUGUACAGACCCCUGAAGGACCGGUGUCAAAGGUCACACAUGUCUGCUGUCCAUAUGUUGAGAAUAAAAGCUGUCUGAAAGUCUGA